AUGCGUAUUGAAGGAAGAGACUUGAUCGAUCUCGUGCUAUCUUGGUCUCUUGAAGAAGUACUCAAUGUUGAUCUUUAUAAAGGACAGGUGGGAACGAUUCCUUCUGAGUUCAACUCAGCAACAGACUACUUCAACUCCUUUAUUCCUCCACUUAUAGAAGAAACACAUGCUGCUUUACAAUCGUGUAUAAAGACAUUGUGGCGGUCCCCUGUGGUUGAAAUAAGCUACAUUGUCCCAACUCCAGAAUUCGAGCUUCCUAAUAACUUGUUCUAUAAAGUGCAUUUGAGUAAUGACGAGUCACUGAUACCAAAGGAUCUCAUUGCUCUUACAGAUAAAAGGCCUAACCGUGUUGAUGGGGGCUUCAACGUUACCAAUGAACCUUAUGUGACUGCUAUAGUGUGUAAAGCAGAUCCAGACAGGCCUAAUGUCGUCACUAUCUUGGCUUCAAAACCACUUUUGCUUGACGAUGUUUAUCAAAGAAACAAGAACGAGAAGAAAGAAAGUCUUUUUGGUGUUUAUAUGACUAAUAUUACCACUAACGUUCGUAUCUGGAACUCACUGCAUCUUGGUUUACAAGGUGGGAACUUGAAUCUUCUCUCAACAGUCCUACAGAGAAAGAGUGAUGAUGAUGAUGAUGGAGUUUGCAUUCCCUGUAGACUUGGCGAAAGUGAUGGUCUUGUCCCUCAUCGUUUCUUGAAUCUGAAUCCUUCACAGGAAGAUGCAAUAUUGAGCUGUUUGGAUGUUAGAAGAUGCCACCAUGCGAAUACCAUCAAACUGAUUUGGGGUCCACCAGGGACAGGGAAGACCAAGACGACGAGUGUGAUGCUUUUCACGCUUCUAAAUGCGAAAUGUAGAACUUUGACUUGUACUCCAACGAAUGUUUCUGUUAUUGAAGUGGCGUCAAGAGUUGUGAAACUAGUCUCUAAGUCGUUAAAGAUUGGUAACUACGGUCUUGGAGAUGUGGUUUUGUUUGGGAAUGGGGAGAGGAUGAAGAUCAAAGAGAGGAAAGAUCUUAUUGACUUCUUCAUUGAUGAACGUGUUGAUAAGCUUUACCCAUGUUUCAUGCCGUUUUACGGAUGGAAAGCUUCUAUCAAUUCCAUGAUACGUUUACUCGAGGACCCGCAAGGACAGUAUAAUCAGUACUUGGAGAAUCUUGCGCGUGUUAACAAUGUGAAAAGCAAAGGAAAUGACCAGAACAUAUUGGAACAAGUUGUUUCUAAAUCAUUUCAGGAGUAUCUACCAGAGAGAUUCAGUGAUCUUAGGAAAGACCUGGAGCUUGCUUUCUUAAGUUUAUGCACACAUUUGCCUACUGCUUUGCUCUCAUCGCAAGCUGCAUCACGUAUGUAUGAAUCUAUUGACCUUGUCAAAGAUGCUACAGUUUCAGCUGUACCAGAUGGUGGGAGUGGUGAAGGACUAAAAUCAAUCCUCGUUGUUAGUAGUGACAGAUGCAGCAGACAACACGUGAUGACAGUGGAAGAUUAUUAUCUAAAGCUGUUGAGAUUGAUUCCUGAAAUUUUCACACUUCCAGGUGUUAGUGAUAGGCAUCUUAUUAAAGAGCUUUGCUUGGGACACGCUUGUCUGCUGUUCUCUACAGCAUCAUGCUCUGCAAGGUUAUACACUGGAUUACCAAUACACCUUCUUGUGAUCGACGAAGCUGCUCAGUUAAAAGAAUGUGAAACAGCCAUUCCUCUGCUGCUUCCAGGAAUCCAGCAUUCAAUUCUGAUUGGAGAUGAGAAACAACUUCCUGCAAUGGUCGAAAGCCAGAUUGCUUUGGAGGCAGGAUUUGGGAGAAGUCUCUUUGAGAGGUUGGCCAUACUUAAACAUAAGAAGUACUUGCUAAACAUCCAAUACAGGAUGCAUCCAUCGAUAAGUAUCUUCCCAAACAGAGAGUUCUAUGGAAUGCAGAUUCAAGAUGCUCCAACGGUUAAACAAAGAAAGUACACGAAACAAUAUCUUCCUGGAAAAAUGUAUGGUCCCUACUCUUUCAUCAACAUACCACAUGGUGAAGAACAAUAUGGUGAAGGACGUAGUCUGAAAAACAACGCUGAGGUUGCUGUUGUCUCGGAUAUAAUAGCUAACCUUCUCCAAGUUUCGGAGAGAACAAAGACACGCAUAAGCGUUGGUGUCAUUUCACCUUAUAAGUCUCAAGUACUCGCAAUCCAAGAAAAGAUUCAGGAGACAUGUAGGGGUGAUGCAGGAGGACUGUUUUCGUUGAAGGUUCGGUCUGUGGAUGGGUUUCAAGGAGGUGAAGAGGAUAUAAUCAUAGUUUCAACUGUUAGAUCCAACGGUAUUGGAAGAGUUGGGUUUCUUACAGACAGACGAAGAACAAAUGUGCUACUCACUCGGGCAAGGUUCUGUUUAUGGAUACUUGGAAACGAGGCAACUAUGAUGAAUAGCAAGUCUGUGUGGAGAUAUCUGAUACAAGACGCAAGAAAGCGUGACUGUUUCCAUAACGCUGAAGAAGACGAGUCAUUAGCUCAUGCUCUUACUGAUACUGCGAAAGUAGAGUUUAUCCAGCUUAAUGACAAAUCAAGAUGGAAGGUGAUGGAUGAACAUUGCUUUGUGCUCUUUUUAGGUUUUUGUUCUUUUAGACUGACUCUGUUUUGCAUGUUUCAACAGAUUUGUUUCUGCGACCAGUUCAAGAAAUCUGUGGGAGAGAUUAAGAACCCGGAGAUGAUAAGGAAAAUCAAGAGUUUCUUAGAAAAGAUAUCACAGGGUUGGCUGCAUGAAGAAGAAGAAGAGUCAGAGAGAGCUAGUUUGAUAAAGCAAAGCAAGAUAGACGAUGUUUUGAGGCUCAUUUGGGCUGUAGAAAUUGUCAAGGAAGAGUUUGAAUAUAUCCAAGUUCUGAAGAUACGCGAUGUUGUGACAUCAUCUGAUGCUCCUGAAGCUGUGAAAAGGCUAAACGUACACCAUAUGAAAUAUACAGGAGACGAGGUGGAGAAGUGCAGAGCCAGAUGUCUCAGUGGGGACAUAGUUGUACCCUUGAGAUGGUCUUUAGAGUCUACAAAUGGAAAUGGAAAUAUUAGCUCGGUGGUUUGUUCAAGCGACGUUAUGGAAGAGACAUUUGAGUCACUCAACCUUGCGGAUGAAAUGAUGAUUUGUGAACAACCCAAUGAUUCAAUGGAAGAUGAAAAAGAAGAAGAGGAUAUCGAAAUAGACCGGUUAAGCCUUCUUCUUUCUUCCAAACUUACUCUGUGA